CCUCCACCCUCCGACAUGAAAGUUCUGCUCAUUUCCAUUCUCUUAGGAUGCCUUGGUGGAAUUUCUGCCGCCAUUUUCCCCAAAUCAACAAAAGUGAGAUGGUGCCUUAAAUCAGAGCAGGAGAAGAAGAAGUGUGAUGACUUUGUAGCCAAAGCAGAAGCUGCAUUUGCUUGCAUUUUGCGCUCAGGAACAGAUGAGUGCAUCAGAGCCAUCAGGGAAGGCCAGGCAGAUGCCAUCACACUGGAUGGGGGAGACAUUUACAAAGCUGGUCUUGUAAAUUACAACCUCAAACCUAUCAUCGCAGAAGACUACAGAAAAGAUGCAGAAACCUGUUAUUAUGCUGUUGCUGUGGUGAAGAAAACCAGCAGCUUUGGGUUACAUGAGCUGAAGGGGAAGAAGACAUGCCACACAGGUCUGAACAAGUCUGCAGGGUGGAACAUCCCCAUUGGAACAUUGGUGUCCAGUGGUGACAUUGACUGGAAAGGGCAGGAGGAUGUCCCUCUUGAGAAGGUGGUUUCAGAGUUCUUCUCCGCCAGCUGUGUUCCUGGUGCUACGCCUGGUUCCAAUCUGUGCCAGCUGUGCAAGGGUGACUGCUCCCGAUCCCACAAAGAGCCGUAUUACGAUUAUUCUGGAGCCUUCCAGUGCUUGAAGGAUGAUGCUGGCGAAGUUGCCUUUGUGAAGCAUCUGACUGUACCCUCCUCAGAGAAGGCGGACUACGAGCUACUGUGCGAAGACGGUUCCAGGAAGAGCAUUGAUGACUACAAAACUUGCCAUUUGAGCAGAGUUCCUGCCCAUGCCGUUGUUAGCCGCAAGGAUGUUGAAUUAGCAGAUAACAUCUGGGAGAGUCUGCAACACACUGGGGAUUUCAAACUCUUCUCAUCUGAAGCCUAUGAAGGCAAAGAUCUUAUGUUUAAGGACUCCACCGUUCAGCUUGUUCGGGUGCCUAAUAUCACCGAUUCCUUCCUCUACCUGGGUGCAGAAUACAUGAGUACCAUUCGGUCUCUGAAGAAAGAGACAACCCCAGAGGUGAAGACCAACUCCAUAAGGUGGUGCGCCGUGGGCCACGCCGAGACGGUCAAGUGUGACCAGUGGAACUCGCAAGAUGUUGAUGCCAAGAUUGAGUGUCAGCAGGGGAGGUCUGUGGAAGACUGCCUAAAAAAGAUUAUGCGCGAAGAGGCAGAUGCCAUGGCGAUCGAUGGCGGGCAGGUGUAUUCAGCAGGGAAGUGUGGGUUGGUGCCAGUGAUGGCAGAGCAGUAUGACGCAGCUAAGUGUGGCUCCUCAGAGCAGACGGCCUCGUCUUACUUUGCGGUGGCUGUGGUGAAGAAAGGCUCGGGCCUCACCUGGAGCACACUGAGGGGGAAGAAGUCGUGCCACACAGGCCUUAGUCACACAGCAGGAUGGAACAUCCCUAUGGGUCUCCUCCACAAGGACAGCAAGGAGUGUGACUUCUCCAAGUACUUCAGCCACAGCUGUGCCCCGGGGGCAGAGCCAGAAUCCUCACUAUGUGCUCUCUGUGUGGGUGAUGGCAAACCAUUACACGAUUCAAGGUACAAAUGCAAGCCUGUUUCUGAGGAGCUGUUUUACGGCUACACUGGGGCCUUCAGGUGUCUGGUGGAAGGUGGUGGAGAUGUUGCUUUUAUUAAGCAUACUACUGUUCAGGAGAACAGCGAUGGAAAUGGUGAUCCAUGGGCUAAAGAUGUGAGGUCUGAAGACUAUGAGCUUCUGUGCCCCUCUGGUCCAACAGAGACGGCGCCUCUUAGCCAACAUGAGAGCUGCCAUCUAGCCAGGGUGCCUGCUUAUGCUGUGGUGACGCGCCCUGAAAGCCGGCUGGAUGUGGUGUCUAUUCUCAAAGACCAGCAGAACAGGUUUGGUUUGUCCAGCUCAGAAUACUUUAAAAUGUUCCAGUCAAGAGGCGGCAAAGACCUCCUUUUCAGAGACUCCACCAAAUGCCUCCAGGAGAUUCCAUCUCUGAACAGCUUUGAAGACUUUCUGGGGAAGGAAUAUGUGUCUACUGUCGAGACAUUGCGGGAAUGUGCUAGCAGUGUGCCAGAGCUGGAGCAGUCCUGCACGUUUCAUCCAUGCCAACAGAAGUCAUAGAAGAGAGACCUACAGUCACACCUUGAUGUUGGUCAGCAGAGUCCUUCACAGAAGACCAUAAUUGAGAAAGUUCAAGCUGCAAUAAAGUGUACUUUUAA